AUGAAGGAGAUGCCUCGGCUGCUGCCGUCGAGGCCCCGCCGACAGGGAGGGCUGCUGCUGCCGCUCUUGCUGCUCCUGCUCCUGGACGGCCACGUCGCCCGGGCCCAGCACUGGCGGAAUGAAAAUUAUGAGCGGCCCAUUGACCUGGAAGGCUCUGGAGAUGAUGACUCCUUUGAGGAUGAAGAAAUUGAUGAAAUCGAGGAACUCUACUCAGGCUCUGGCUCAGGAUAUUUUGAGCAGGAUUCUGGGAUCAAGACCAUUGUGCGGCUCAACACAGAUGCACCCCUCACCCUACCUACAACUUCCCCCGUGUUGCCCGCCACCUCUGUGCAGCCAGUAGCCACCCCCUUUGCACCAUUCCCUGCGGAGGAAGCCACCUCUGAUCCAGUAACGAGCAGCCUCUACAUCCCCAGGGUGACCGAAGCACCGGCGGUCACCAUCCGGAAAGCGCUUGGUACCACUGCUAGCACCGCAGCCCUUGAUGCCUCUGCUACCGCUAGUACUAUUGCUACCACCACCACCACAACUGCUGCCACCACCACCUCUGCUACGAUGCCCAUGUCCAAGCCAACGACUGUCCUGAGAGUCCUGCCCCCCUUUAUCACCAUUGUAGCCACGACGCAGUCGAUCACACUUGAAACGCCAACCACGGCCACCGAAGUUGCCAGGACGGAACUGAACACAGCUCCGCUGGUGACCACCGGCGUGACGAAGAGCAGGGCUGUGCCAAAGCCAAGUACUUCUCGGGAGCCAGACCGCAGUGAGAGGACUACCACACUGCCCCAACCCUCAAGUUCUACAGCAACUACAGAACCAGUCCAGGGAGAGCCUCUGGAUGCGACCCCUUCCACGUCAAUGAAUAACGAACUGGAAGUUCCUGUCAGCGGGGACUUUGAAAUCCGUGAGGAGGAGGAGGUGGCAGCUCAGACGGAGCUCAGCAAUGAAGUGGUUGCCCUGGUUACCCCAGCAGCCGGGCCGGUGCUGAGGAAGAAUGCUGAGCCGGGGCUUGUAGACAAUACAAUAGAAUCCGGGAACUCGGCUGCGCAGCUCCCCCAGAAAAACAUCCUGGAAAGGAAAGAGGUACUCAUAGCCGUGAUUGUGGGCGGGGUCGUUGGAGCUCUCUUUGCUGCCUUCCUGGUGAUGCUGCUAAUCUACCGGAUGAAAAAGAAGGACGAGGGGAGCUAUACCUUGGAGGAGCCAAAGCAGGCGAGUGUCACGUACCAAAAACCCGACAAGCAGGAGGAAUUCUAUGCAUAAAUCAGUGCCUCGCCACCUCUUUUUCUGUCCCGAUGCCGUCCUUUUUUUAAGAAACAGAAACAAAAAACAAAAAAAAUCUGUCUUAUUAUUCACCCAGCCUCUUUUCUCUCUCUUUCUAAUCAAGUCUGUGAAUUUUAACAAAGAAGCCUAGAAGAAACCGACGGUUUUUUUAAAAAAAGUAUCAUGUAUGUUAUUUGCUUUUAAAAAGGAAAGGGGAAGGUUGAAUCAGAAAGCAUCAGAGUGUGGAGCAAACAGUGAACUCCUGGCUGGAUGAACGCUUGAGUUAGCACCUCUGCCAGGAACGGUCUCGAUUCACACCUCCCUCAGGUCUAGAGCCUUGACUUCUUUUGUUUCGAAUGAGGUGGUCCCUUUUGGUUUCUGGCACUUUGCAGCACUCUUCAAGGCGAGAUCUUUUUUGACUCACUGACUCCGCUCAACUACAAGUGCAAGGAGACACAACAUCUGAUCAUCCGGGCUGCUCACAGCUCCCUCCUGCAAUCGGUCAGUUGCGAUGGACAUUUUAAUUGCUUCAUUGGAGAUCUCACAUGGUCCACAGAGAGCACCUUUUCCCAGCUGUGCAUUGUUUCCUUGCUGAGAGCACCUCCCUUCCUCCCAUUCCCACUCACAACCACCACUUUGAAACUAUCUCCCUACAGAAGGACCAUUCUAGGCUUGCAGAGGUUUCCGGUUAAACCUUAUGCCCAGAUUCAUUCAGCUGGCUUUCACUGUGACCUUGAAGACUCAACUUGCAUGGUAUUGCAAGCUCAGGCAGAUGACCAAGAAACACUUUUCUAAGACAUUAUUUGUGGGAAAACAGGGAUACGUGUGGAAAAGGCAAGCUUUUUUCUGAAGUCUGUAGGAAAUAGAUAAUGUGUCACACUUCUCAACCAGUGGUGUGGGUCCUUUCCUUCUUUAUAAGGGUAUGGGGGAAUAUGGGGGAAGGGAGAAGGACAACAUGAGUCCAUGAUCUGCUGCAGCAGAUCUUUGGUUCCAUAUAACUCUGUAAAUAAAUGGAAGUGGUAAAAAGUUAAUAAACACCAGUGCUCAACUGUUGGGGUGAAACCUGCAUCUCCAAAGCAGGAAUUUGUAGGUCAGCAUCAAACUGGGGAGUGUAACAUUUCACCCAAACCUUCCCUGUUAAAGCAGAUGUCACAUUUUCACUGGCAACGUAGGCGAGGGAAUAGUGCCAACCCACAGAUUGGCAGAUGACCUAUGGCCCAAAUGCCACAGAGGGACCAAAUGGAUAAAUUGGCGAUUGAACUGUAUGCAAUAAAAAUGAAGGCAAGUAAAGACGAAUGUUCACUCUUACAUAUCAGAAAGCUAAGGGUACUAAAAAAUAAA